AUGGAAAACCAACCCGAUCGUCACUCGGGCUCCACGCUCUACGAUAUUGUCAUCGUCGGAGCCGGGCCGGUUGGACUUAUGCUGUCGACAUGUUUAGCCAGAUGGGGCUACAAGAUCAAGCAUAUCGACAACCGAGCUGAGCCCACGCCAACUGGCAGGGCCGACGGCAUCCAACCUCGUUCCUUGGAUUUGCUGCGAAAUAUGGGUCUCAAGUCUGCUAUAAUGGCUCACAAGCCUGCUCGGGUCUACGAAGUCGCUUUCUGGGACCCUCCAAAGAAUGGCGAUGGCAUCGCUAGAACUGGUACUUGGGCCAGCUGUCCCAGCUUCAUCGAUGCCAGAUACCCCUUCACAACGCUUUUGCACCAAGGUCAUAUCGAGCGAGUCUUCAUCUCUGAUCUCAACAAGAACGGCGUCCACGUCCAGAGGCCGUGGACCAUCACCGGGUUCACCUCCAAUGAGGCUGAGAACUCAGAAUAUCCCGUGGAAGUCCGGUUAGAGCACGUUGAUGGGACUGCCCAUGAGACCCUGCGCGCCAAGUACCUCUUCGGUGGUGAGGGCGCCCGAUCAUUCAUCAGAAACCAGUUGCAGAUUGGUAUCAAGCACAAGGAUCCCAUCUCCCACGUGUGGGGCGUCAUGGACGGUGUCAUGAAAUGCACCAUCCACAGCAAACACGGUUCCAUCAUGGUCAUUCCCCGCGAAGAUAACAUGGUGCGCCUUUACAUCCAGAUUGCUUCCUCGACAGACCCCGACUUCGAUCCUCGGAAGACGGCUACAGAGGAAGAGGUUCAAGAGUCUGCCAAACGCAUUCUACAGCCAUACAAUAUUGAGUGGGAGCGAGUUGAGUGGUACUCGGUGUACCCCAUUGGACAGGGUAUUUCGGAUCGCUACACCCUGGAUCACAGAGUAUUCCUGGGAGGUGACGCAUGCCACACCCACAGUCCCAAGGCAGGUCAGGGCAUGAAUACUGCGUUUCUCGACGCUCAAAACCUAGCUUGGAAGAUCCAUGCCGUGGAGGGAGGCUUUGCCAAUCGCGAUAUUCUCAAGACCUACGAAACUGAACGUAGGGAUGUCGCCGAGACGCUUCUGAACUUCGACAACAAGUAUGCAGCGCUAUUCUCCAAACGGCCACCUGCCGCAAGCGAGGUCGAGGCAGCUUCGGAUAAGCAGCCCGACAACGGCUCGGACAAUGAGUUUAUCCAAACCUUCAAGGAGUCUUGCGAAUUCACCAGUGGAUACGGCGUGGCAUACAAGCCCAACACUCUCAACUGGUCUGAGGCACACCCGGCCAAGUCGCCCCUGAUCCACACCGAAGGUACCAAGCUUCGCACGGGACGAAUCUUCAUCAACGCCGAUGUGACCAGGGUCGUUGAUGCCAAUGUCGUUCACUUGGAGCAGGAGGUUCCAUUGAACGGUUCGUUCCGUAUCUUCGUCUUCGCGGGCAAUCCUUCCACCACACGAGGUGCCCUCAAAGACUUCGCCACUCAUCUUAACAACAAGCGGUCAUUCUACGCCGCAUACCUUAGAGAUGACAUUGAAAGUGUCUCGCACCAUGAGACGCAUAACCCCCACAGCUUGUUCUUCACGAUUUGCACCAUCUUUGCGGCCAACCGGAGCAGUAUUGAGAUCUCCCGCGACGUUCCAGAGGUUAUGGGACGUUAUCGCGAACACGUCUACGCGGACGACAGGUGGGACCGCCGCGUGCUCGAUGCGAAGGCCGCUGCGCAUGCUAAGAUGGGACUGGACGAGGAGAGGGGCGGCGUUGUGGUCGUGCGACCUGACGGUUACGUUGGUAUGGUUGCUAAGUUGGUUGAAGGCAGCGGCACAAUUGACGCGCUGAACGAGUACUUCGGUACUUUUUGUUCAAAGAAGCUGGGUGAGACCCUUGCCCAACUGUAG